AUGUUCAUAAAUCGUUGACUCUUUUCAACCAACCACAAAGAUAUUGGCACUCUAUACCUACUAUUUGGCGCCUGAGCUGGCAUAGUUGGAACAGCCCUCAGCCUGCUAAUCCGGGCAGAACUGGGCCAGCCAGGAACUCUAUUGGGCGACGAUCAAAUCUAUAACGUAAUCGUGACAGCCCAUGCAUUUGUAAUAAUCUUCUUUAUGGUUAUACCAAUCAUAAUUGGAGGCUUCGGAAACUGGCUCGUACCACUAAUGAUUGGAGCCCCGGAUAUGGCAUUUCCCCGAAUAAACAACAUGAGCUUCUGACUUCUACCUCCAUCGUUCCUACUUUUACUAGCCUCAUCAACGGUAGAGGCCGGUGCUGGAACUGGAUGAACAGUGUACCCACCUCUAGCCGGUAAUCUAGCACACGCCGGAGCCUCAGUAGACCUAGCAAUCUUCUCGCUUCACUUAGCUGGUAUUUCGUCAAUCCUAGGCGCUAUUAAUUUCAUUACCACUAUUAUCAAUAUAAAACCUCCGGCCCUAUCCCAGUAUCAAACUCCCCUAUUCGUUUGAUCCGUCCUAAUCACGGCUGUCUUACUCCUUCUGUCUCUGCCAGUACUAGCCGCCGGAAUCACAAUACUACUAACAGACCGUAACCUAAAUACAACCUUUUUCGACCCUGCAGGAGGGGGAGACCCAAUCCUGUACCAGCAUCUGUUUUGAUUCUUCGGCCACCCGGAAGUCUAUAUUCUUAUUCUACCAGGUUUCGGAAUAAUUUCACAUAUUGUUACCUAUUACUCUGGCAAAAAAGAGCCAUUCGGAUAUAUAGGCAUAGUAUGGGCCAUAAUAUCAAUUGGAUUCCUCGGCUUUAUCGUAUGAGCCCACCACAUGUUCACAGUAGGUAUAGACGUUGACACACGGGCGUACUUCACUUCCGCAACCAUAAUCAUCGCUAUUCCAACAGGAGUAAAAGUAUUUAGCUGACUAGCCACCCUGCACGGAGGCAAUAUCAAAUGAUCUCCAGCAAUAUUAUGAGCACUAGGCUUCAUUUUUCUAUUUACAGUUGGAGGCUUGACUGGUAUUGUCCUAGCCAACUCCUCACUUGACAUUGUACUUCACGACACAUAUUAUGUAGUAGCACAUUUCCACUAUGUCCUAUCCAUAGGAGCUGUAUUCGCUAUCAUGGGAGGAUUCGUCCACUGAUUCCCACUAUUUUCAGGAUAUACUCUAAAUCAAACCUGAGCAAAAAUCCAUUUCCUUAUUAUAUUUGUAGGUGUAAAUAUAACCUUCUUCCCUCAGCACUUCCUAGGUCUGUCAGGCAUACCACGACGCUACUCAGACUACCCAGACGCGUACACAACUUGAAAUACAGUAUCCUCCAUAGGAUCAUUUAUCUCACUAACCGCAGUAAUCCUCAUAGUAUUUAUAAUCUGAGAGGCCUUCGCCUCAAAACGAGAGGUGUCGACCGUAGAGCUAACUACUACAAACCUAGAGUGACUACACGGGUGUCCCCCACCAUACCACACGUUUGAAGAACCUACAUACGUUAACCCAAAAUAA